AUGGGGGGGUGUGAUAGUUCUGCAGCUUCUAAGGAUUGUGUAUAAGCCAUGCCUUCGAGGUAUUUUUUUUUGGAAUUAUCACAGGUCAUAGUGUUAUCAUUGUAAAAGAAAUGGUUAAAACCUGUUGAAAGCAGCUUGUGGUCAUGUAUAUCAUGAGAUUUGCCUUAUCUCUAAAAGAAAUGAUUCGAAUAAAUGCAAUUGUGGCAAGGAGAUUGGUUAAUUAAAUAAGAUUGAUGAAAAGGUUCAUCAGUUAUUUUUAUCAUACUAAGCUCAAGUGAUAGUGUAAAGGAAUUAGAAUAAAUUAUAAAUGAAUGAGAAAAAAUAAUAGCAAUUUUUUCAUUGUCCUAAAAAAGGGUGUUCCUUUUAUUUUAUUUAGGACCAGAAGCCAGGACAGGCUUAUAACCUAGAAUACUUUUGUGAUUAAUGUAAUAUCAAGCUUCGAUAUGACCAAAAGAAAAGUGAUAACAUUAAUGAGAUAAGUAAUGCACAAACAAAUCAAUAGCAAGUACUUUCAUAAUAAAGUACAAAGACCAAGAUAGAUCCUUAAGAACAAUUGCAACUAUUAAUUGAAGCUAAUCAAUAACAAUUUACAUUUUGCAAAAAUAAUUGUGGAUUUGUUUAUAUAGAAAAUAAUUCUUACGAUACUAGCAAUAGUCUCUGUGAAAAUUGCGACUACUGUCAUAAAUGCACUAGAUAGCUUUUCUCAGAUUUUAUUAGCAUUAAAAAUUGUAAGCAUAGAUUUCACUUGUUAUGUGCAAAUACAUUAAUUAUCAAUCCUGAUAAAUUAGAAUCAUUGAAAUGUAAGUGUGAAAGACUUAUAGAUGAUGAAGAUAUCAAAAUUGAACUUAACAUAAAGUGUAUAAUUUGUGGAAAGUAUGAUACAAAUUUAAAGAAAUUACCUUGCAAUCAUUAUAUCCAUUUAGAUUGUAUUUUUGAUAAUUCAAUCUAAUUUAGCGAUUUUAGAUGUUGCAUUUGUAAAAUACCAAUUCUUGAAUUUUUAUAAAGUCCUUAACAUAAACACAUUCACGAUAAAAUAAAAAUAAAAAAUAUUGAAAGGAUGCUUAUGUAAAUUGAAAAUGAUUGCUUCAUAUGUUACAGUCAAACUGAAGAAGCUCUUUUGAACACUUAAUGCAAUCACAAAGUUCAUUCUUCUUGUCUAAAAAGAAGAUAAUCAGAAAUAAAUGACAAGUAGUAAUUCCUAAGUUGUAGUUGUGGAACAUAAAUUAUCGAUUUACGCCCAAAAAUAAAAUGA